AUGGCCAACUUCCUCGCCUCCAUCUUCGGCACGGAGCUCGACAAGGUCAACUGCUCCUUCUACUUCAAGAUCGGCGCCUGCCGCCACGGCGACCGCUGCUCGAGAAAACACGUCAAGCCCAGCUACUCGCAGACCAUCCUCAUGCCCAACCUCUACCAGAACCCGGCCUACGACCCAAAGAACCGCAUGAACCCGUCCCAGCUGCAGAACCACUUUGACGCCUUUUACGAGGAUAUCUGGUGCGAGCUCUGCAAGUACGGCGAGCUCGAGGAGCUCGUGGUGUGCGACAACAACAAUGACCACCUCAUAGGAAACGUCUACGCCCGCUUCAAAUACGAAGACUCUGCCCAAAAGGCCUGCGACGACCUCAACUCGCGGUGGUACGCCGCCCGCCCCAUAUACUGCGAGCUCUCCCCCGUUACCGACUUCCGCGAGGCCUGCUGCCGCCUCAACUCGGGCGAGGGCUGCGUCCGCGGCGGCUUCUGCAACUUCAUCCACCGCAAGAACCCCUCCGAGGACCUCGACCGCGACCUCACCCUCAGCACCAAGAAGUGGCUCAAGGACCGCGGCCGCGACGAGAGGAGCCCGUCUCGCUCGCCUACCCCCGAACCCACGCGCCCUGUUUGUUUGAAGCGUAUCGUUGUCGUAUCAGGCGGAACAGAGCGCGACGGUUCCAAACGACAAAGGAUGCGGACGAUGAUCAAACUCUGGCAUGGAAGCUCGGCUGAGCAAAACAAAGCAGGCUGUUUGGAGAUUGCCGGAAGCCGGGCCGCCGGGCAUUGGCAUGUAGUAUCAUGUCACGAGAGGUCUAAUCAGCAGAAGGAGGAAGAGGAAGACGAAGAGUGCAAGGCGAAACCCCCAGAAAUUGAGAAUUUGAUACCCAUCCCCCGUACCUGUCUCAAAGGGAGCAACUACGACCCCUGCAUCAUCAUCAUCAACCCUUGCCUCGAAUAUUGGGAGUGA